AUUCUGGAGGCACGGCAGGCGAGUAAUCUGGCAAACUGACCACAGCCACACCGUCAGACUACAGACAGCAAAUUUUUAGCGAAAUUCCGCCCCAAAUCGGGAAUUUCACCGCGGUUUGAUGCCGAAAUAUUGGGCAGAAAGUAGCAUCCAUGGACUUCCAUCUCUGAUGUUCGUGUUUGAGAGCUGAUAAUGAUGAAGAUGAAGCUGCGAGCGGCGGGAGGCGAAAAUCACCGAUGCGACUUGAAUUCCGUUAACGGCUCCGAUCGGGUGAGCGGCACCGGAGCGGCUCAGCUCGAUAAGGAGGCGGUGUUCGAGUGGUUCGGCUUACAGCUGAACCCGUCCGGACGCGUGGAGCUGCUUUGCGGGCUGCUGCAUAUGUGUCAGCCGCUGGAGCUACGCUUCCUCGGCGCCUGUCUGGAGGAUCUGGCCCGGAGAGAUUUCACCGUCCUGCGGGACUAUGAGAUCCGGGCCAACUGCCCCACUGAUCUGGAGGGGCUGGUGGACGUAAGCGACCCCGUUGUGCUGUCCAAACUCCUCGUUUAUUUGUCUUUGCUCGGAUCCAAGAGCAGGGAGUGCGCCGGGAUUCUCUUCAGGACGUUGAGUCGAAUGGACGCCGGGAUGUGCGGGGCUCUACCGGAGCCGGAGACUGUGGAUCAACUGCGGCUGCUCUUCACGAUGGGAUCGUUACACCCGGCGUUCAGUUUCUAUCAGCGGGAAGAGCUGCGAGCGCAGUUGGACAGACUCCAAAGAUGGAGCCAGUUAUCCAGACCGGGGUUCCUCUGUCCACACCGGGAGAAUGACGUGGACUGGACUCUUUGCAGCAACGCCAAUCCACACCUCAGCGGCACAUCGCAGAGGGAAGUGGUACACAUUGAGAAGAUCAUUCUGAAGGAGGUUUCUAUGGGAGGAGACGGCAGGCAGUACAGUUUUGAGGUGAAAUGGUCAGACUCUUCAUCCACUGCAGUGACCAAAAGUCAUCGUGAGUUGGAGGAUUUUCUACUAAAGCUUCCUAAAGAGCAGAGUCCCGAAGGCUUUGAGAAGGGCAUCGUCAGAUUACUGAGUCGUGGAGAUCAAUGUGAAUCCAGAGAACUGGAGAGAAACCUCAGGGAGAAGUUCCUAUCUUUAUCACAAGAUGUCCUUCAGAGAUGUGACGUUUCCAGGUUCUUCCUGUCUGAUGCGUCUGUACUGCCAUGCAGCCAUUGUACCAGUGCACCCGUAGCCAGAAUCCAUCAGCCAGAACGAGGUUUCUCUGAGGACUGCUCAGAGACUUCCAGCCUGGAGGAGGAUGUGGAGGCUUACAGCGUCAGAGCUGCGGGACUGAGUAAUCAGCGCUCUGAAUGCCAGAGGAGAGGAAACUGUGAGCAGAAUGGAGAGAGAGUUUGGAAAAAAGAAACGGAGUUGGAACAGAGCUGCACCAAUGACAGAAGAAUCUUCACAGCUGGACAGAAGAGCAAAGGAAGAUCAGCUCCAAAAAGGGAUAGAAGCAGACGAGUUCCCGGUGUCAAGAGUUCAAAUGGGAUCCAGAAACCUUCUGCAGCUCUGAUGAUCAACCAGGCAGCGUGCAAAGACGGAGGAAGGGACCGGUAUGGGGACACGUCAUCUGAGAGCUCGAACUCCGUGCCGUCCAGCCCUGUUCACCAGAAGAGCCUGGAGGACCAAGAUACAGAGAGUCAGUCUGAUAACUCGGCGCAGGAACCAGCUGAAAAGACUCACCUCGCCAAAGGCGUUGGCGGGAAAGCGGUCGCCAUGGUGAAUCCAUUAGUCGCUGAGCCCCAGAACGUUCCACAGCCGCCUUCAGUAAUGGAGCUGGAGCUGACCGCGUGCCUCCCCUACGCCCUGCAGUAUAACACCACCACCCAGAGGGACGCUGGGCAGGGCAAGAUAACCAUCACCAUCCCGCUGCCCCAAGACCCGGGAGCAUCGUCGGCCAGCGCUCAUCCACAGCAGCAGCCUCCGCUGGGGGCGUUCAGCGUCCUCACGCCUGGCCAAUGUCCUCUGCAGCCCGCCAACACCACCGUGGCCAACAAUCCCGUCAAAACAAAUGCCAAGGCCUCCAUUGCUGCCAAUGCCCCUUCCAGCUCAAGUUCCUGCAGUAGCCAAGUACCAGGACCUUGCCCCACAACUGUACCCACGCACACCCCAGGACCGGGGCCCUUGCCGGCCCCCGCGGUCACACACAGCACUGCUCAGAGCGAUUCCUUGUCCUACAUCAACAGCUCCAGCCUGCCAGUCACACCACAGGCCAGCGGGACGCAGCAGCAGGGGGGCUGCAACACCUGCGGCUGCCGUGGAACCUGCGGGGUCAACGGCGCCCACCAGGCACCCAGCUACUUCCUGCCGCCUCAACCUGCCCGUCAGAUGUUCGGGCCGCCGCCCCCAUUCUUCCAUCUCUCUCCGUCUCUAUGCAACAGCUUCCCUGCCCAGGGUCACCAGAAUAACGGGACGCCGCUGCCCUUCUACGCUCACACCGGUCCUCCUGCGGCGUUCCUGCACGCUCACGCGGAUCACAUGCUGGCGUCGCAAGCGGCAUACAACGUGCCUCAGAUGCCUGCCUUCCGUCGCUUUUACCCACCUGUCUUUCCGCCGGUUGGAAUGAUGUCUAGCGGAACCAACAUGAAGAAGACCAACAAUGUGUCCUGCUAUAACUGCGGCAUGAGCGGACAUUACGCUCAAGACUGCAAGCAGCCAUCCAUCGAUGCUGGGUUGACAGGUGGUUUCCGGCUGAAGUACAUUGCCCCAAACUCCUCAGAAGCACUAGAUAAAACCGAUUGACCGCAAGCAGGGGACCAAAGCCCAGCCAGCCAGCGAUUCCAGAGACCCUUGAGAUAGAGUUCCGUUCUGCUUGUAUAAGCAUCCUUGUCUGGAGAGCAAAAAAAAGAGCCAGUGACAAGUUGCUUAAACUUAAUGGGUUCUCUUAGAAAUUAAAUUAUCUUAAUGUUAUAGUUCAGAUAGGAUGGUUGGCAAGAGGAUUUUUGUUUUAGGUUCAGAAUAGUUUAUUGUUGUCAGAAGGAUUUUUAUAGGAGCUGAUGUUCUCAUUCGCAGCGUCUGGCGAAGUUAAUGAGAAAAUUAAACUUGAGUCCUUUAGUGCAGUAUUUUUUUUGUUUUCUGACACGGGUGAAUCUUUAUAGGCUUUUAUACACGCUACAAGAAAAACAAAUACGGCGAGUACUGAGAAAAAAAAAAAAAGGAAUAUUUUGAAAGUUCAUUUUGUUAUUAAAGAUAUGCUUGUUCUCUUGCUGAUAGCGGUUUAUAAUGAUGCUCUUGGCGACAUUACGCGCCGCUGGUUUGCCCAGUUCUCAUUCUGAACGCGAUGCACUACAACUGUUGUUCUCUGAAAAAUGUGAGUCAGGUGUUUGAAAUGCACUGAAAACGCCAGAUCUGCAGUACUGCCUCUCAUUUACACGCUCUGACCACUAGAGAGCAGCUUCACAUAGGAGACUCUGUGCUUUAAGUGUUUAGAGUCAGACAAAAUCCUUCAUCACCUAAGCCUAAAGCACUGUUAGAGGAAAUGCAAAUGUAAUACUCUCUAACCAAGAGUUUCGUUAACAUAGGACAACUUUGAGCAUUAUAUCUUGCUUGUGUGUUAAAUAUUUUCUUGCAUAUUGUCAAAGAACCAGACGGCGAACGUUUGUGCCUAUUGCCAUGCAAGCAGCUGGAAGUGUAUUGAAAAUAAUUUCAAAUGUCUUAACUCUUUGUGUUAAAGUACAUAUUUAAAAGUUGUAUUUCUGAUUGCGAUUUUUGCCAAAGCAGCCCUUUUUUUUCCCUUUUCUUUUUUUUAAAUAAAUAUAUAUAAGGAGAUUUGGCAUGUUUGUAUUAAGAAAAUACAUUUUAUUUUGAUAUUUUCAAGAGAUUUUUGAUGAAGGGCUCAAGGCCUUUCAUGUUUGUCCAGGUGUUUUUAGCACAUUUACGGUUAGUAACAUGCGGUGGACUAGACGAGUUGCUUUCCACAACAGUGUGUUGCAGGUUUUUAAAUGUGCUUUCCUUCGGUUUGGUAAAUCGUUACUAAUCUGUAAAUAGACUCUAAAGGGAGUUAACUACUCGGUUGAAACCUGUCGACUGUAUUCAUUACACUUUUUAUAGAUUUAUGAAGCUGUACUGUAUGAACGAGGUUUGAUAUCUGCCUCUGAGUUUAUGUUUACUGUAUUUCAUAUGUAAAUGUUGAUUAAUCUGUACUGAGAGGUCAAAUUAAUCUGAUCACAUUUGCUUUUUUCUGGCAAAUUGAUCAUUUCUGUCAAGAUAUUAGCAAUAAAUCUAAAAACCCA